UUGCUUUACGCUAUGUGCCUCAGAGUGUUGGUUGAGUUGAACACUAACUGUCUACGUUGGGUAGGCGACGAGGGAAAGCCAACUUGUCAGAACUGCAUCGAUAAGAACCUGGUGUGUCAGUAUGGAUUGCAAGUGUCUUUUCUCGCGAAGAACACUUAUACGGUGUCGGCGAAGGAGCUGCGAACUCCGAAAAAAGACGCCAGCUAUGGGAAGAUUCAGUUCGUGAACGAAGAUCCCCUCGCCUGCACUAGUGAUGCGUCAACGGAUGAGUCGCCGUCGCCUGUGUUGAGUCCGACUACAGAUGUUACGGUCCCUCAGAGCGAGGCACCACUUGGAUUGAAAGGUAAUGAUGGAGAUACCCACGAUGGACAUGCGCGACGUAGUAGCGAAAUCAAUGGGGAUAUCAUAUUCGAUAGUAGUCAGGAUUUGCCAUCGCCUGUUCAUAUCCCCGGCGGACAAUUUCAGUCUGUCGCAACGUUCAGCGACAGAGAUGAGUCUGCCGUACGUGGUCUGCUAGCACUGGGAUCCAGCAAUAACGUGAAUGAUGUGGCGACCGUCAGAGAAGCGACGCCUGGCCUUUCCGAGUUUGAUCCGAAUAUGAUAUUGUCUCCCUUGCCGAGCCCAUAUACAGAGGGCAAAGAAGGCACGGGCUCGAUGAGGUUUCCUUCUAUCAAUGCGCCGAAUAACGAUAAUGCGGUCAUGGCGGUCCUUCCACCACCCAUUGACUAUCUUUCGAUACCCGAAUCUGAUCGACUCGACCUCUUGCGUCAUUAUCGCUACCAUGUAGCUCCUUGGCUCGAUAUUUGCGAUAUGCGACAACCGUUUGGCCUCACUGGACUUCAAUUAGCCAUGGGCUCCGAAAAACUCCUCUCCGCGCUGAUGCGACUCUCAAAGGCGUGCAUGGUGCAGAGUGUCCCCGAAAGAAGCUUUCUAGCAGACUUCACCGAGUCGAUAGCCGACAUGAGCAUGCUUGGCGACUCUACCGAAGCAACCCUACUAUACGUUCUUGAGGAAGUACGAUGCCUCGUGACGGAUGUUCCAAGAGCUUGGACCAGAAACGGAUACCCCGACGCUAUUCAAUCAUUGGUUCAAUAUGCGUACGGCGAUGAUAUUAAUUCGGCUCUAUACUGGCUGACGCUGCGAUUGAGUAAGUGA